AUGGUUUGAAAUCCUCGCUGGAGAGAAACCCAAGAGCUCGCUGCCUCCAAUGAAAGGCCCGCGCGGAGUAGGCAGGUUGCCAGGCAGGCUCGGCAGCGUGACCGCGCUGCAUUGAGUUUCUUUAAUGAAAGCCAGGAAAGAACACAUUACACAGUGUUUCUCCGGAGAGCUCAAGCCUCCAGUGAUUGAAAUCAAUAAAAACAGCCGGCAAGGGGCCCAGGGGGGGAGGAGAGAAACCUCUCCUCUAGCCUUCAGUCUGCUUUCCACUUUCUUCCUCCCCUCUAAAGUACAACUUUGAAGAUCAGCCUGACAAACUGCUUCACUUCCAACCCUCAGAAGAGUUUGAUGAGGGUGGAGGAAAGGUAGCCUUUUCAUUUUUCCUUCUGCUGACCAGGCUCCUUCCACUGUCUUGCGGGGCUAAAGGAAUAAAAGGGGUGGGGGGUUCAUUUCAGUCCCGCCUGGAAGAACUUCUACAGACAAGUGCAACCUCUGACAUUUCAGAAAAGGGAUGAAUUUUGCAGGGGAAGAAUGUUAAGAGGAGAAAGAGGAAAGAAAACAUGGGAUCUUAUUCAGCAAGAACCAGGCAUACUGGGGAGGAUGUCAACCACUAUCUCGGAGACUUCUGAAACUGCGGAAAAGACUGCAUUCAAAAGGGUAAGACAAGGACUAUCUCCCUCCUGAAGUGGUCACAACGUUAGAAAAUACAUGGUCAAUGCAAAGGACCGGAUCAGAAGUAAGGGAUUUGAGAAAUGAGAUAGCCGAGGGUUUCCUGAAUUUACUCUGAAAACGUUCCGAUUUGAUGAGCAAAAUGCUUCUGCAGGCUAUCAAGAAACACAGCUUCAAACGACAGGGGAGUGCUUACCAGAAAUAGAUAUUUUUCAUACAUAUUCUGCACAACGUAGAGGGUCUCAAAAAGUGCAAUUCAGAGAGGUUUUUGAAGUUGCUGCAUAUGGAUUCUUUCUAAGGUCUUUACAUUAGGCUUUUAAUGAAAAGCUGGUAACCAGCAGAGAAAAUACAAAAGUUCAGAUCACUAUGUGGAGCUGUGAAGUUUUGAAUAGUACCAAGAACAGCGAGGACCAGCAUCUAUGUCAUGACUUCCACCUUACUCUCUCCAUCCUUUCCUUACUCUACCUCAUCGUCUGUUUUCCAAUAGGCCUUUGUUACAAUGCCCUGCUGGUCCUGGUUAAUCUCUACAACAAAGCGACUAUGACAAUGCCAGAUGUUUACUUCGUCAAUAUUGCAAUUGCUGGUCUCAUCAUCAAUGCUAUGGCACCUAUGUACCUUUUGGGACCUGCCAGUACAAAAUGGGCUAUCUGGACUUUUAACAAUGAAGUUUAUAUUACAUUACUUAUUUUAUUCAAUGUUUCAUCUUUAGUUAUCAUGUACUCUACCACAUUGCUCAGCUUGGACUACUACAUUGAACGUGCUUUACCGAGAACUUACAUGUCAAGUGUGUACAACACAAAACAUGUCUGUGGGUUCAUCUGGGGAGGAGCUAUGCUUACAAGCUUUUCAUCUCUACUGUUCUACGUCUGCAAUCAUGUAUCCACAAAAAUAAUUGAAUGUUCCAAGAUGCAAAAUAAAGAAGCAGCCGACGCUAUUAUGGUUUUUAUCGGAUAUGUCGUACCAGCUGUUGCUGUACUAUAUGCACUUGUCCUAAUAUUGCGAAUACGUAAAGAGGCUACUCCACUUGACCAAGACACUGGAAGACUUGAUCCUUCAGUUCACAGGCUUCUGAUUGCUACAGUCUGUACACAGUUCACAUUAUGGACGCCCUACUACAUGACUCUUUUGGUCAGCACGUUUACUAACACGCAAGGAAAAGUUACAGAUGACGAUUACACCAGAAUAUUACCUUUUAUCACGGUUUUAUCAAAAUUCUUGGCUUUCUCAAGCAGCUUUGUAAUGCCUCUACUCUACCGAUACCUUAAUAAAAACUUUUCCAACAAACUGCGACGGCUGCUUAAAAAAAUACACUGUGGAAAUCGAGGAUGUUCCCAUGAACGCACAGUAGUACAGCAGGUUAUAACGUAGGCAUGAGAGUCUCAUGGUGCUCAGUACUCGGAAUACCAGUACAGUACUCAGUAUGUGACUGUUCUGCUGUUGAUAUUCAUAAAGAUCAUUUAUGUAGGAGUGCCUAGCAAGGAGGCUUGAAAGGGGCUUCCGUUAGAACUGAGUUACAGUUUUAACCUAGAGAUAUUAAAACUGGUUGCAUAAAUCUCUUCAAAGUCUAUCUACCUGUUAUAACGCCUGUGACUUCCAAUAUUUUCAAUGCACUGAAUUGAUUAUAAAACAUAAACUUUGUCCUCACAGUUUUUAUGAUCCUGUCUGGAAAAAAAAAUCACUAAGCGGUUAACUGAAGCCUUGAAUGAAGAUGCAGCACUUUGUUAUCUUGUACAGGAAGAGAAUAUAUCUUACUCUGAAUAUAACAGAAUACAACUGUUUUUAAUUUAAAAAGUAGUGCUAUCCUGGGUGAAGAAACAGCAUAUUUUCAAUGAAGGCGGCCUCUGUUAAAAAUCAUACCGUUCAACUGUAUGAGGCUGAAAAGUGAAGUAUUAAUUAUAAAUUACAUUGGUAUUUAACUAAUUUGCUUUGUUACUUUACCAAUUCCCUUCUAAAAUACCCCCAGAUUUGCAGUUCUAAGGAAGGAUAUUCUCACACAAACAUACCUAAUUUUAACAUCCUUAACAUAUCACAUUUUUGUAGAUGUAACAAUUAACAACAAUGCAUUUAUGUUUUCUUUGCUUUGUUUGCAUCAUAAAGCAUUUCAGUGAUUUAGAAAUAUUUAUUAACUAAUUUCAGGAGAAUCGAGAGAUAUGCAUAUUAAAGUGAAGAACACAUGAAGUUAGAAUGAAAGUAAAAACUUACCUGCUUUAAAGAAUGCCUGACUAAGUGUUAUGGUCCACAUAUGUUCAUGUAACUAUUUUAAAAAUAAAAAUUUCUGCAUUUGCAAAGGACAUGCUUAUGACAGACACAAACUGAAGUCUCUUCAUUCAGUGGACCUCAUUAAAGGUUUGAACAUACUGCAGAAAGUCUUUAAUAUCAAUUUUUGUUUUAAAAUGGGAAAGGAUCAAGAGCCCUUUUCAAAUACAAGUUACUGUUUUCCUUGACUAGAACAACGUGUCUUGAAGCAAUGAGUGGUUUAAUCAUUUAUAAAAAAGCAGGGACUCAGUUAUCCUAUUGAAUUCCCAAAUUCAAGCAUCUGAUUUGAUAGAAAGCAGGAGAUGAAUCAAUAUAAAAGGAAUUAAUUUAGUUCAUAGCAGUGUAAAACCUACAUUUUAGGUGUAAAACCUACGCUGCUCAUAGCAGUGUAAAACUUACAGAUUUAGCCUGUUAAAAUUGUUUUGUUCUACGUAAUCAACAGCAUUUUGGAUUUUUAUUUACAGAAGCAUCAGUCACGUUAUACAUACACACAGUUAGGAAACUAACACUUAAAAUGAUAUAUAUAUAUUAUUGGUGCAAAGAGCAGUGCAUACACAGACACACACACUAUAUCAAUUGCAGGUUUGCUUGUUUGACACAUAUGUGUUCGCAAUUAUAUAUAUAAUUCCAACCUGGCAGAAAACCAGGUACCCUGCGAACACACAAACAUGCAGUAGAGCCUCAUCGACUCAUAGUAACAAGAAGCACUGCAGUGCAAGCUCGUUAGGUUUCAUGGCUACAGAGUGGUGUGAAAGAAGAGCACCUGACCCAAACAGCAUAAAUGUGUGUAAAUGUGCUUCCCCUGUUCCAAGGGCAUUACUGACAGUGGGGAGGCAGAAAGUUAAAGUGAUACGCCGCCACCACCCUAUCGGGAGCAUGUCAUCACCUUUAUUGGUCUUCUCUCAACACAGUAGCAGAGUUUAGCUGAGACAAAUGUUAAUCAAAUGCAAAUUAAAAUUCUAUGUAGGUAUGGAUAUACAGUUUACCAAAAUGUGGUUUAGCAAGGUUCUGAUCUAGAAGGCAUGAGGAGAAAAUAGGUUUAACCUUUGUAAUUAAUACCAUUUCACCAUGCUAAUAUAUCCCAUUAUUUAUGAACCAAGAAAAGGGUGGGCUCAGAUCCUCCUCUUCAAUAUAACUGCUCUUCUCUUUCCAUACUCCUAUCUUUACUUGUCCUUAUUUGUGUCCAAUUUAUUUAAUAUAUUUCAUAUUUGCAUCAAAUAUAUGGAAUAAGUUAUGGACGCUUUUGCCCAAAGUCUUUUUACACUCAAAUGCUUGUAUAUCAAAUUAGAUAUCUGUGUUGCCAUUUGUCCACGGGAAAGAUGGAAUCCUUAGCUGUCAUAUCAGUGUGUGUGUGAGCCCAUAAAAACACUGCUUCUUGAACCAACUGAUAGCAAUCAGCUUUCCCCUAGCAUUGUGUUUGAUUUAUUAUAUGAUCGUUCAUGCUCUACAUAUUGUAUAUGCAUGGUUUCUCACUAAAUAUAAUUGUGUGACACCUAUUAUGGUAGUUUAAAUGGUUUCCUACAUCUCUUUUCUAAGACUAUAUUAGACUACUUACACAUUUGGACACAACGAGUAUCUGCCUUUCUAUAUUUUCCAGGACUAUGUAACCUCUCUGCUAUAGCAUCUGUGCACUCAAAAAAAUCUUUCAGUCUCAAACUAUUUUUAAAUGCAUGUAAGAGACUCUCGCCAGUAAUUUCUGCAUUACUUCACUGGCAGCUUCAGUUUUGGGAUGGAAAGCUUCAGUUAACAAGCAGAUUCUCCUCCUUUAUACAAUUUUAGUCACAUUGCCAAGUCUCUUCAUGCUCUAUUAUACUUAUCUCCUUAAAGCUAACUUCUGAAAUUCAAUCCUCUCAGAUGAUUUCUCUGAAAAUAUAGACAUAGGGAAACAAAUGCAUCUUUCUUCUUGCAACAACGAUUGCAUCCUCUCACCGUUCCAGCUUCACUCAAUAUAAAAUGCUCUUCCCCAAGAGUUUAUUGAAUAUUUUCAGUCAAGUGCUACUUUUCCCAAAGAGCCCUGACCAGCUCCUUACUAAUGCUCUUAACUUUCUUUGCAGUCUUUCAAAAGUAAUUACUUUUGAUAAUUAAUUUCUCAUAGACUUUGUUUAAAAUAUGCAAAGGGAAGAACGCAGGUAAUCUGAAGUAAAGGGAUGACAUGACACAAAGCUCUCUGCAGCGGCACCUGGGAGGCCCCCCACCUGUCUGUCUUAAAGAUUUAGGGGCACUGUCCGUUUUAACUUGGGUCGCUUGUUUACUUCCAAAUUUUUGUCCCCAUAUAAUUGUACCCCCGAUUAUCACACAGGCGGUCUCUUCAUUGAUGAGGAAUAAAAUACCACAUUAAUUUCUAUCCUCUUCUAUUGAGAUGAAAUUCUCUGCUUCAGACCAUUGAUCUUUUAUCAUCUCACUUCAGAUUAUUGUUUCUUGUCAGUUUUAAUGCGCUAUGCUAUUUGAUUUUCAUGUUUCAUUUUGUUCACCUACUUUUUCUCAUCACAGGCCUCACACUUUAUCCUUGGUACCAAUCACUGCAUAUUUGCUUCACCACCCUAGCUCCUGUUCUUAUGUUUUUUAAUGAGAUUCAGGUUUACUGCCAAGAUUUAACAUCACAGCUGAAUGUUAUCCAGUAAAAUGGGAGAGACAAAGAUCCCACCAGUUUUUCUCAACACCCUCUACAAAUCUCUAUCAACUCUUUUAAAGUCCUAUUUUUUUAAUGCAACUGAAGUUAAGCAUUUUUGCACAUAUCGUUGGAAACAUUUUAAAUGUGAGGGUAUUAAUUAAUAGGCUGCGCUCAUGCGCGCACACACACACUCAAGCCUUUUCUGGAUGAAUUUGCUGUUUUUCAGAGCAAAUCUUAUCUCGCAGCUCACCCACAACCACUAAUCCACACUAUUUCCAUACUGGGGAAAUGGUGACAAGGACUGUAGUAUUCAUAUGCAACAUCAGGGGUUAGACUAGAUGGCCUCCUGAGGUCCCUUCCAACCCUAAUUUUCUAUUAAUUUUCUGUGAUUGAAUUAGCAGCAAUUUAAAAAGAUAAAUAUUAAAAUACCCCAAAAUACAUUAGAAAAUGUACUUAAAAUAAAAAAUUAAAUGCGGAAGAGAAUAUAUUAAGCAACGUGAAUCCAAAGCUUUCAAAACAAAGCAAACAAGUUACCAGAAGUGAGGCCUUUCCAUGAUAAUGCCUGAAGGUUUCUGAUUCCUUUGUAAAUAUAAGCUGAUCUGUUUUACAUUUGAAUGAAUAUAGGUAAAGUACUGUAUAUAUGCAGAUAAAAGCAGCCUACUGAUGUAAAAAGAACUUGCAAAGAAUUUAUUAAAUUAUUUCCUAUGGAGAACGUACAAGUUUAUCAUCAUUUAAAUGUAAACCUCUUUGAACAGUUGAAGUGUACUGUAUAUGUUGAUGUGUGUAUAAAGUGUACAUUACAAAGUACAAGAAAAAGUGCCAUUAUUAACAGUAUUAUUUUCUCACAAAAUUAAAUCUAGUAUUUUUUAAUUAAUCUAUGGCUUGUAGCCCUCUUGUUAAAGGGCAAAUUAUGUAAAAUCAAUAAACUAACAGACUUGUU